AUGGGAGGGUCUGUUUCGAAGAUUAUGGGCAAGCUCUUUGGCACCACCGAGAUGAAGAUGCUGAUGCUCGGGCUGGACUCUGCUGGUAAGACGACGAUUCUGUACAAGCUCAAGCUGAACAAGAUCAGAACGACAGGGCCAACGGUGGGGUUCAACGUGGAGACUUUCCAGUAUAAGAAUGUGAAAUUCAACAUGUGGGACGUUGGUGGCCAAGAUAGGCUACGGCCGCUUUGGCGCCAUUACUUCCCCAAGACGAAUGCCCUGAUAUACGUGAUAGAUUCGUCGGAUAAGAAGAGGCUGCAGGAAUCAAAGAUACAGCUAGAAAAGGUUCUGCGUGAGCUGCAAAACGUUUCCAGUGCCCAAGGGUUUGUUCUGCUGGUGUUUGCCAAUAAGCAGGACCUGCCCGGCGCAUUGAGCCCGAAGGAGAUCAGUAACACCUUGGAUUUGAAGAAUAUACUCACACCAGACCAGUUGUACGCUGUGAUGGGUACUAAUGCCCUAACAGGCCAGGGGCUUAUCGAAGGGCUAAGUUGGGUGUCGAAUAACUUCAAAAAGAACAGGACUUGA